ACACAAGUUUCCUUAUAAAUGGAAGCCCGUGCACCAUUCAGCACAACACAACUCAACUAAACCUGCCCUGUCUAAGCUCCUCUGUUUCUAAACAUUAUUAAAAAAAGAGCCUUGCAAUGGCAGCUCAGGUAAUCUCCUUUGCUCUUCUUCUUUUCAUUCUUCAGCUACACCUUCAUGGAACUGCCGGUGACUAUGGAGGAUGGCAAGGUGGUCACGCCACUUUCUAUGGCGGCGGUGAUGCCUCUGGCACAAUGGGAGGUGCAUGUGGGUAUGGGAACUUAUACAGUCAGGGGUACGGAACAAACACUGCAGCACUAAGCACAGCUUUGUUCAACAAUGGCUUGAGCUGCGGUUCUUGCUAUGAAAUGCGAUGCAACAAUGACCCCAGAUGGUGCUUGCCCGGCUCCAUCCUCGUCACGGCGACAAACUUCUGCCCCCCUAAUCUCGCGUUGUCCAACGACAAUGGCGGAUGGUGCAAUCCUCCACUGCAACAUUUUGAUUUGGCAGAGCCCGCUUUCCUGCAAAUUGCACAGUACCGCGCUGGAAUUGUGCCAGUGUCCUUUCGAAGAGUUCCCUGCAUGAAGAAAGGAGGAAUAAGAUUCACCAUUAAUGGACACUCUUACUUCAAUCUGGUAUUGAUCACCAACGUGGGAGGUGCAGGGGAUGUUCAUGCUGUCUCGAUCAAGGGGUCGAAAACAGGAUGGCAAGCAAUGUCAAGGAACUGGGGACAAAACUGGCAGAGCAAUUCAUACAUGAAUGGCCAAAGCCUGUCCUUCCAAGUCACCACCAGCGAUGGCAGGACUGUGACAAGCUACGACGUUGUGCCUGCUAAUUGGAACUUUGGUCAGACCUUUGCUGGGGGUCAAUUUUAAACUUUAUCUUUUGCUUUUUUCACCCCCCCUAUAAUUUGGAGGUAGAUUAGUGAAUUCAAAGUGCUUGCACGCACUAGAGAUUGUAUACAUCAUUUUACAAAAUUUAUUAGAAGCAGAGCCGGAGUGUGUUGUAGGUGGAGGUCUGGGAAAGUGGCUGGCUCUCUAUUGCUGAGGUUGCUAAAAAGCACCCGCUGGGCCUCUCACAUAAUAUAGUUGUGAUAGUCUUUGUUAUGUAUCCAUAUUCCGUUUCCAAUUUGUAACAUCUGUGCUAUUUAGUAUUAAAGAGUGUACCAAUCCAUUAUCUGUCC